AUGAGAUUGCUUCUUGGUCUCUUGUUUCUCUUGGCCCUAACCAGCUAUGCAAGUGCAACUUACUGUUUAUGCAGAGAUGGGGUUGCAGAGAAAGAUCUUCAAACAUCAAUAGACUAUGCAUGUGGAGUUUUAGGAGACUGUAAUCCAAUCCAUGAGAAAGGUCCUUGUUACAACCCCAACGAUAUCAAGAGUCAUUGUGAUUGGGCAGUGAAUACCUAUUUCCAAAGAUCUGGACAAGUCGAUGGAAGCUGUAAUUUCUCAGGCACUGCUACUAGCAGCCCAACUCUUCCUUCAACUGUGGUUACUGGUUGCAUCUAUCCUUCAAGUCCUGGAACUGCAGGGACAACUCCGACGACCGGACCUCCAGGAACACCGAUGUUUCCGGGACCUCCUGCGUUUGGCCCGGCCGGAGUUUUUGAUCCUUCAGGGAAUGAUGCUUUGAGUUUGCUCACUUCAAUAGCACUCACACUUGGUUUCUCCGUCAUUGCGUUACUAGAAGAGGCAAUGUGA